GAAUAGGUGAAGGGCAAUCAACCACACGGCCACCUCUUUUUGAUGGAACCAAUUAUACAUAUUGGAUAGAACGAAUGAGAAUCUAUAUUCGUUCCACAAACUUCCAAUUAUGGUUGGUUAUCAAAAACGGGGAAGAGGUGCCGAUGAAGAAAGUCGGAGACAAGUUGCUCCCCAAGACGGAAGACGAAUUUGAUGCCGAAGACAUCAAGAAAGUAGAGAACUUCGCAAAAGCAAUUAACAUGCUCUACUGCGCGGUCAACUCCGGUGACUACUGCAAGAUCUCUUGCUGCUCAACCGCCAAGGAGAUGUGGGAUAAGUUCGAGGUGACGUACGAAGGAAUGGACCAAAUAGUCAACGAUCUUCAUGCAUUGAAGAAGACCUACACCGACAGGGAUCUUGUGCGAAAGAUCCUACGGAGCUUGACAUCCGAAUGGCGAUCUAAGGCCGAUGCCAUCUAUGAGUCAAUCGGCACAUCAAAUGUCACCAUCGACGGUUUAAGAGGUAACUUAAAAACGUAUGAAUCUACUAUACUUAACCCGUCUUUGAAUGACCAAAGGAAAGGCAUAGCAUUAAAAGCCUUCAAAGAACCAACAAUGAAUGACUCAAGCGACGAUGAUGAAGUCAAGCUUGUCAUGAAAAAGUUUUGCAAGCUUCUAAGGAAGAAAGAAAAGGUUGAGGAUAGCCUUGUGUGCUAUGGAUGUGGUGAAGCCGGGCACAUCAAGAACAAAUGCCCAAGAAGCGGAAGGAAUGCUCGUCGCUUCAAAAAGCAAAGAGCAUACAUCUCUUGGGGUGGCGACUCUGGCGAUGAGUCAAGCGAGCAAGAGGAAGACGAAGAAGCAAACCUUUGUCUCAUAGCUCAAGAAGAAGAGGAGUCCGACAACGGCGAAAACCAAAAG